UCAUAAGUUUGUAACAAUUUUGUAAGUAUACAAAAACUUUAAAUAAAAAACUCCAUAAAUAAAUAAAUAAUACACAUACAACAAAACAUGAAUAAAAAUAUGAACAAAAUGAACAAUGAACAAAAAUAUGAAUGUUCAAAUGUGUGUGGAAUAUAUUGACAAAAAUAUAUACUAUUAUUUAUUUUUUAAUGUUUUUAUCAUCACAUCUUUUGAAAUGGAACUUGAAUAUUUAUAUUUACAAAAAAUUGUUACACCAUGACUAUUUAAGUAAGUUAAAAUCUAAUGUUUAAAAAAUAAAAAGAAAAAAGAAAAUUAAUUACAGCACCAAAAACUUACUUUCCCUUAUAAACACCUAAAAUACCUAAAAUAUUGAUGUUGAAGGAACAUUUUGUAAAAAAAACAAAAAAAACAACAUGGCAUCAUAAAAAAUGUUAUUUGAAUUUCAGUGUCCUUGUAGGCAAACAUUCCACAGUCAAUCAUUGUUAGACAUCAUUUUUUGAGUAAAAACAAUAUUUAAAUCCAGCAGAUUUGGCUAACUGGAGCCAAUAAAGAUUAGCAUUGCCUCAUCAUUACUGGAGGACAGUUGAGGAUUAAACAAUGAUGAAAUACCACAAAACUUUAGGGAAGAAUCCCCUAGCAGAUGUUCCCUAUAGCCUGUACACUGUACAAAUAUCAUACUUUUUUUUCUUUUUUUUUAAACGAGACGUUAGAAUUCCUUCAUGUCUCGUGUCCUGUGUAGUCAAAAGUGAGCAAUGCCUUUUUGGAUCACUGAUCAUAACAAAAACAAUCACUGACCCAUGAAAUCAAUAUUGAUUCCUGAAACUUAGAAACCACUGGUAGCCAAGUCACCACCAAAAAAAAAAAAAAAAAAAAAAAAAAAAAUCAAUCAAAAGCUAAGUACUGAAAGUUUUGGAGGUGGGAUGCUAACAAAGUCUUCAUUCAUCAAUUUUGAGGGGAAACCCUCAAAAGAGAAGAGAUGAGAGCAUGAGGGCUGGAUGGAGAGUUAUGACUCAACCCCAAUCCUUUUGUUUAUUCGUCUCUCUCCACACUUGUUGUGGAUGGAGCUAAUACUGAGUGUGACUGAUUGAUCCACCCCUAGAUGGACAGUAAAGAUUAAGAGGAUGACAAAUAGGCACUUGCUUACACAGCGCUUGCUGCUAAUCCCUUUGUCUUCCUUUAGGGAGCCCACGGUAGCCUCAGAGUCACUCACUAUCUGGCAUCGCUAGACUCACCAGGAGGAGGUGACAGACCACACUGCACUUUACAAAAGCAACAGACAAGAACUUCUACAGGACAGAGAUACCCAGAGUAAAGUACGGACCAUCAGGAUAGAGACCUUGAAGGAACUUGAAGAAACAUCUAACAUUCUCAAGGCUGGACGGAUCUUUUUGAGGACCCUCUAGGAUUCCAAUUAAUCCAUCUGGGACAGACAUUUUGACCUCAAAAGACAGAUCCUUCUAAGGGGUCACUUCAGGAACAACUUGUGUGCACUUUUUCAGUACAUUGAAUGGAGGAUCCAAUGUCAGAAAUGUCAAUGGUACAAUUUGUAUCACCAUCAGAGUCUUCCAGGAGCAACUCUACAGAUGACAGUCAAGAGGGUAAAAGCCCCGCUCCUGGCAAGAUCCUAAACUCGGGACUUCUUUGUAAAGUGUGUUCUGACACCAGCAGCGGGAAACACUACGGAAUAUAUGCUUGCAAUGGUUGCAGUGGCUUUUUCAAGCGUAGUGUGAGGCGCAGACUCAUCUACAGAUGUCAAGCUGGUACAGGCAUGUGUCCUGUGGAUAAAGCCCAUCGGAAUCAGUGCCAGGCUUGUCGCUUAAAGAAAUGCCUUCAAGCUGGCAUGAACAAGGAUGCUGUUCAGAAUGAACGUCAGCCCCGCAGCACCGCUCAAGUCAGGUUAGACGCAUUGGAUGUGGACAAGGACAAGGAGCACCUCGCCACCACCUUGGAGCCCACUUCCUCGUCCACCUGCUCUGUGAUCAACCGCCCAAUGCUGGGCUCCUCCAUCAGCUCCAGCAUCAGCUCCACAGAUGCUAGCCAACACAACAGCCCCAAGAACGGACAUCGCUUCAUGGCCAGCCUGAUGACGGCUGAGACCUGCGCCAAACUGGAACCAGAGGAUGUGGAUGAGAACAUUGAUGUGACCAGUAAUGAACCUGAAAGGAGUUCUCCGGAGUACGGCAGUGCUCUCUACCCCUCACGCGGCCCUGAGAGUGUAUAUGAGACUUCAGCUCGCCUACUCUUCAUGUCUGUUAAAUGGGCCAAGAAUCUGCCAGUGUUUUCCCAUCUACCUUUCAGAGACCAGGUGAUUCUACUUGAGGAAGCGUGGAGUGAGCUAUUUCUUCUGUGUGCAAUUCAGUGGUCACUACCUCUGGACAACUGCCCCCUGCUGUCCCUGCCUGACCUCUCACCCACGGGACAGGGCAAGGGAAGCCCUUCCGCCUCAGACCUGAGGGUCCUGCAAGAAGUGUUUAGCCGCUUCAAGCCCCUGCAAGUGGAUCCAACAGAGUUUGCAUGCUUGAAAGCCAUUGUUUUGUUUAAACCAGAAACACGAGGACUUAAAGACCCAGAACAGGUGGAGAAUCUUCAAGAUCAGUCCCAAGUACUGCUAGCUCAACAUAUCCACACUCUUUACCCCAGUCAAGUCGCCAGGUUUGGCAGACUAUUACUUCUCCUUCCAUCCCUUCACUUCGUGAGUUCAGAAAGAAUCGAGCACCUUUUCUUCCAAAGAACCAUCGGGAACACGCCUAUGGAGAAACUGCUGUGUGACAUGUUCAAAAACUGAGGAGCUUUUCUGAAAGACUGUUUGUAGAGGAGCAAAAUCCUCUAUACUUCAGGUGCUUUGCUUUACUGCCAUGCUAGUUACAGUGCUAUGCCAAUGAAUCUGCCUGAAUACUAAAAAAGCACAAAUGUAUUUAUACUUUUACAUAGGUUGCUUAUUUUGUCUCAUUAUGUCUUAUUUUAUGUCUUUUUUGUGUUACUGUAGUUUUUAUACUCAUAAUAAUGCUCAUAAGUCUAUGCAUCCUCAUAUGUGACACAGCCUGGUUAUGUAUAUAAUGCAAAUUGCCUUCCAAGGCCAUUAUAAUGCAACAUUAUUUAGAAUAUGAUUGAUGAUCAGUUUGAAAUAAAAGUUUGAAAGAAAUUGUUAAUUGGUAUUGGAAGAUAAGUCUCAUAUUUGUAGGACUUAUAAAUAAAAUGUAUUUUUGAUCUUA